AUGGCCCAACCCGACUGGCACCCCGACACCAAGGCCGUGCAUGGCCAUACCGCGGUCUCCCUCGCCGGCAUAGACCCCGUAAACCCUCCCAUCUACUACUCGUCCACGUUCCGGGCCAACUCGGCGGCCCAGUUCGCCGAAAUGGCAUCGGAAGAGCGACACCCCGGCUUCUACACCCGCUAUGGCAACCCGACACACGAGCAGGUCGCUUCGGUUCUGGCUAGCCUGGAGGGAACGGAGACUGCCAUGGUGACUGCCAGUGGCAUGGGCGCUAUCAGCACAGCAGUGUUGAGCCUCGUCAAGGCGGGCGACCAUGUCAUUGCGCAGACUCGGCAUUACAUGGCAACAGCCAAGCUCUUUGACGAGAUGCUUCCUCGCUUCGGUGUUGAGACCAGCAUUGUCGAGCAGGCCGACCUCGACGCUAUUGAAGCUGCGAUCAAGCCCAAUACUCGCCUCAUCUUCGUGGAAACGCCUGCGAACCCGACCUUGGUCCUCACCGAUCUCGCUGCAGUGGUGGAGAUCGCCAGGAAGCACAGCAAGAGUGAAGGCGACGACAAGAUCCUCACUCUCGCCGACAACACCUUUGCCGGUCCCUUCAACUGUCGCCCUGCUGACCUGGGUAUCGACGUCGUCCUCCACUCGGCGACCAAGAGCAUGGGUGGUCACUCGGACAUCACCGCCGGUGCCAUCUGCACCAGCAGGAGUCUUGCUUCGGUCAUGUGGGAGACGUCGCUCACCCUAGGCUCCGUCCUGUCACCCAUGGAUGCCUGGUUGCUGCUUCGUGGCCUCCGCACCCUGCCUCUGCGCAUGGAGAGGAUCAACUCGAACGCUCUGGAGCUUGCCUCCUGGCUCGAGCAACAGCCCGAAGUCACCAAGGUCCACUACCCCAUGCUCCAAAGCCACGCCCAGCACGACAUUGCCCGCAAGCAGAUGAAGGGUGGUGGUCCCGUCGUCGCCGUCGAGGUCAAGGGCGGCUACGAGCAAACUAGCAGGUUUGUGGCUGCCCUGCGCCUCGACUCGCAGGCUGUUUCCCUCGGCGGCGUGGAGACGCUGGCCGUCCACACGGCUGCCAUGUGGACUGGCAGCAUGAACGAGGAACAGAUGGCUGCCGCUGGCAUCUCCCCCAACUUUGUGCGGCUGUCGGUCGGUCUCGAGAACAUUGAUGACCUGAAGCGCGACUUUGCCCAGGCUCUGGCGGUGACUGUCUGA